UGUGUGGUGUAUGAUACACGUGCAGUGUCAGUCAGCGCGGAGUGCGCAUGCGCACUGACGUCGCCUCCGCCCGGAAGUGCGUCAGAGCGCGGCGGAGCUGGAGCGGGUUUGAGAUGGGAUGUAAGUUUUCCUCAGAUUAGGUGUUUUCUGAGUUUAUUCUCGUGUUUUGCCGGAAAGCGCAAUGUUUUUGUUUCGCGCGACAGCUGAAGUCGUGUUGUGAAGUUAAAGGCGAGUUGCACGUGUGUGGAAUAACGAGAUUCUGCUGAUUUAAGGUGAUUUAAAGCUAUAACGUUACAGCUGAUGCUGAACUGCGUCUGAAGCUGAAGAACUCUGCAGAGAACCGUUGCCGUGUUUCGUGCUGUUUCUGGAGCACCUCACUUUUACUAUGCCUUGAUGAGCAGAAGACACUCAAGCGUCAGCAGUGUAUGUGUAGUUUGCAGUAACUGCGCUGGUCACUGAGGGUUUGCAGCAGAUCUUCUGUGUGAUUGGACAGCGCUGGACUCAUGACGUCAGCAGAGCCUGAUGUGCGUGUGGCUCCUGAACCCCUGCGGCUCGAUCCGGUCCGCACCGCAGAACUGGUCUGCCCUGAUCUGGACCUGUCUGUCCCUCUGACCCCGGAACGACCAGCAGACCGCCGCCAGCGCCAGGUGUGUUUUAAUGAUCCAGCCGUCAUCGCAGCGAUCCCAGAACACAGAAAUCAACACGCUGCACACAAACCUCGACACAGAGACAAGCCCGCUCUGUCGACGGAGGGGGCGGAGCUAAACAGCACCCUGGCGCUGAGGGCGGAGCUUGAGGAAGUGGCGAGCCAGGUGUUUGAUCCUGAGAAAGCCGUGAAAGAGAAACUGCGGAGUUCAAGCCUCGCAAAGAGCCACAUCAGCAGCAGAGCAGCGGAGGGCCUGAAUGUCCCUCGCUCUCAGCUCCUGUACCGGGCCUUAGUCAGCGUCAGCCUAUCACGUGAGCAGCUCAUCAGCCAGGCACUGCAGGAUAGGCCAGCGCUGGCCCCGCCCAUCGCCACACUGACCAAUAAGUUCCAGUCUCAGCCACUAGAGGCUCCUGAUCUGCUGCAGUUCUACAGUCCUGACAAGAUGCUCAGAGAGACUCCGCUGUUGCCUGGCGACCGCAUCCCUUUGCCCCGCCCACAGCCUGUGCCUAGACCCGCCCACACAACUUUUCACCUACAUCAUCGGCACAAACUCUGGGAGUCAUGAACUGUGUGUGUGUGAGACUCAUUUUGUAAGGUUAAUGUAUUGUUUUUUUUAGCGUGAAUUAAUAUAAUAGCAAUAAAUCUGUGAUUAUUUAAAUAUGAUAUUGGCAGUGAGUGAAUGGACAAACACACUCUUGCUGGAAGAAAUCUCCUGCACAGCAGCUUAACGUUCGCAUUACUCAUUAAAACAAUCAAUCCACAAAUUAAUUAGCUCGAGUCAACAAGAGCACAGACAUCAUGAGCUGAUUUCCUCACAAUCCCAGGAGAAACUCUUUUGUAAUUCACAAGAAAAUACAUUUUGC